AUGGUGAGGAUAAUUCCAUGGAUACAUUGUUGACAUGUUUGAUCCCCAUUAUUGCUGUUACUGAUCCUUCUCCCCUCUCUGUCUCUCCUGCAGGCUACAAGCAGUGACCGGGUGGCUGGGGCUGGGCUGGUGGCCUUCAGCUCCCUCCUGUUCGUCUAUUACACUGUCUGGGUCAUAUGCCUGGUAUGGGACUGGUGUACCUAAUUCACUAUGGCAACCAGUGCUGGUCAUUUCUGGGCAGUGGGGGGCCAAUACUAUGUCUAUGCUGCAAAUACAGAUUGAUUUUUGUUAGGCAUAUAAAAACUCAGUAAAUUAGGUAUUAAUUAACCUCCUAAUUAGCCCCAUGCAAUGCCAAUAUUUGCCCCUCUUUUUACUUUUUACAUUUUGUUAUUCAUCUAAUCCAUUCAGAUUUUUGCCCAUAAUACCCACCACACCCCGUUUAUUCCAUAAAUCAGGGCUGUAAUUGUCCACACGCUCUGUAAAUAUUUGCCAAAUUGCAAUAUGAUCAGUCUAGAAAUGGGGAGAUUACCAACCACACUUCCGUCAGAGUUUUGCAAGUUUAGGCUAAAGAUUGCGAUUUGCGUUUAGCGAAUUAUAUGUUUAGUGAAUAAAUGAUAUGUUAUAACACAGACAUACAACAUGAUUACAUGCCCGCUGGAUAUUCACAAUGUGCGGAUUUAAAGAUACACUCCAAACACCACAGCUCGCUGAACUGGUUAUGGUGUCCUGGCAUUACUCCCCUUUGUAAGAAGUUGAACUGUUUGUGACUCCUUUCCUGGGGUCCGCUGGGCACCGUUCCCAACUCCGUUGGACUAUCCAGAACAUUUGUUAGCUCUCCUGAGCCAAGUAUUGCAAUCCAGACUUUGUUCAUUAGCUGAGAGCAGUCAGCUGACUCUCUCUGCCAAUGAGUUAAGCUCUGCAUAUAUAAUACAGAAUUUGAAUGUAAAAGAGGAUGUUGCUUAUUUGGUUGGAAUGACUCUGGUUCAAUCAGAUUAGGUUUUAGUAAAAAUGAAAAUAUUUAGUCUGCUCGGAAUCCAAUCAUUUUCUCAUAAUUUUGUCUGUCUGGACAAAAUUUGGUGCAUAUGAGGAGCCCCCUAAUGUAAUGUAAUUUAUCAUGCUCCUGAAAUAAAAUGCUCAAUUGGAUGCUUUUUAUGCUAAUUACUUUGUUACAAGAUGAUCAGACUCAAUGUACUUAUUGUAAAACACACCUAUCUUGUUGUUUUUCCCCAGCCAUUCAUUGACAGCGAUCAUGUGAUCCAUUCCUUUUUCUUACCGCGAGAAUACUCUGUGCUGCUACCAUUACUGGCUGCUCUGAUAGUGCUUCUGUUUAUUGGUGAGUAACAUUUAAUGCGUUUGUGCAGCUGUUCAACACGUGUGAAAGGCUGUUUCUAAUAGCUAUGGUUGCUAUUUCACUGCUUUGAAGUGUUACUCUAAUCAUCAUAACCACUACAGACCUCUAUAGAGGUUAUGAUACCAGGAGUACCGUGUCCCCCAUUUUCACGUAAUAGCGCAAACCAUUUGCAAUGAUUCACCUUCUUACCUGGUCCUACCGGGCAGCAAGUCUGGCUGUGACAUGCAUCCGGCUUCUGCAGAGCUGGUUGCUGAACCUGCUGGCCGUUUAUUGGCUGAGAGCGUAAGCAGAUCACUCUCAGCCAAUGAUUGCAAUUCUGUGCAAAGAAAUAUGCACAGAGUUGACAUUAGUCAGUGCGGAACUUUAGUUCUGGGUUGUAUAUGAUGCCCCAAUGACACUGCUGGAGGUGGAGUUACACCUCCAGCAGCAGCGGGGUUAUUCUCUGUAUGAGCAACAUUUUAUUGUGAAACACUGCACAUACAGACUCGAAACACUAUAACCACUUCUAAUAACUGAAACGGUCAUGUUGCUGUGAGUAACUCCUUAAUAAGUAUGGCUUCUAAACAAAACUAAGUUUAAAAUAAAAUAGCAUUAUUCAGGGCUCUGUUAAGUAAACUGUGGACUGAAUAUAAACACCUUGCAGAGUUAUCAUACUUAAUUCCUAAAGCACCAACACAUUCCACAGCACUGUCCAUGGAUACAUCUAAGAGACACUACAAAUUUUGUCAAAUACAGUUUAGGGCUCUGGAUGGAUUGGUGGGGUGAGAAACAGAAUGUUGGGACUGCAAAGGUGAGAAUAAUACAGAGUGAGAUGGGGGCAUUUAUUGGUUAAGUGAAAUGCGUUGGUUACUGAUUUUAGUGGUAGGCUUCCCUGAACAAGAAUGUCUUUUGGGAGCAUUUAAAGAGACAUUAUAGGCACCCAGACCACUUCAGCUUAGAGAAGUGGUCUGGGUUCAGUGUCACUGUCCCCCUUAGUCCUGCAACCUAAAACAUUGCAGUAAUGUAAUCGGGUAAAUGAAGGAAUUCUUAACCCUUUCAAUCAGUGGCAUACACAUGACCCAUGGGGCCCCGGUGUGAAACUUGAUCCGUGGGCCCCCCUUCGCGCUUACUCUGCGCGGGCCAGGGCCGCAACACAUGCGACCGCGGUAUGUACGCCAGUGCAUGCAGAUGCACACACACUUAAAGGACCACUACAGACACCCAGAUCACAUCAACUCAAUGAAGUGGUCUGGGUGCCAGGUCCCUCUAGUUUUAACCCUGCAGCUGAAAACAUAGCAGUUUCAGAGAAACUGCUAUGUUUCACUGAGGGUUAAUCCAGCCUCUAGUGGCUGUCUCACUGACAGCCGCUAGAGGCGCUUCCGCAAGGCUCACUGUGAAAAUCAUUAAGAAAGCAUUACGUAAUGCUUUCCUAUGGGCGGUUUGAAUGCACGCGCGGCUCAUGCGCAUUCGGAGCUGAGAGGCAGAUUGGGGCGGAGGGAUCCCCAGCGCCAAGGGAGUCCGGCGCUGGAGAAAGGUAAGUGCUGAAGGGGUUUUAAACACACACACUCUCACAAACUGAUGCAUACACACUAGCUAACAGACACACACAUUUACUGACAGAGAAACACUCAGCGUCAUACAUACUCACUGACAGAUACACAUACACACUCACUUACAAAACAUACACUCUCACUGACAAACACACACUCACUAACAGACAUCAAACAGACUCCCUAACAGACACACACAGUCACACACUCACUGACACACAAACCAACACACACACUGACACUCACUAGCAGACACAAACACAUGUUUUUUUUUUGUUUUUUUUUGUUUUUUAUUUGAAUCCCCCAACCUCCUUACCUUUUGGGAGAGCUGAGGGGAUUCCCUGGGGUCCAGUGGUGCUGCUGGGCGGCUGGUCACUGGGCUGGCUGUCUGGCUGGCGGGAGCGCGAGGGAGCACUCUCCCCUGAGUGCUGCCUGUUCAGCUCCCUUGCACGCCGCAUACUGAUGCCGGAAUAUGACUUCAUGCUCCGGCAUCAGUACGCGGCGCACAAGGGAGCUGGGCAGAGAGCGCUCAGGGGAGAGUGCUCCCUAGCGCGCCCACCAGCCUGUCCGCCUGGUGACACCAGGGCCAGCCUCGGGGGGCCCUGAGGUGGCCAGCUCCUGGGCCCCCCAUGAGAAGAGGCUCGCAACACUGGCGUGCAUACCGGGUCGCAGGGUAUGUACACCACUGCUUUUAAUCCCAAGGGCCGCAGAGAGCACUAUGGUGUAAGGCAGGGGUAGGCAACCUUCAGCGCUUCAGAUGUUGUGGACUACAUCUCCCAAAAUGCUCUUACAGCUAUAAUGCUGGCAAAGCAUCAGGAGAGAUGUAGUGCCAAAGGUUGCCCACCUCCAGUGUAAGGAAUACAACUUUGUAUUCCUUACACUAUAGAAUCCCUUUAAAGAAAGGCAGACUACAGGGAAAGACUGACAGCGUGGGGAAGUGCGUUCCAGGGGGUUGGUGCCGCACAAGAGAAGUCCUGCAGUCUAGCAUGGGAAAAGGUGAUAAUAGGAGAUGCAAAGAGGAGGUUAUUAUUGGUGCUAUAGAACCGUAUUCUGCCAUUUCAAGGGGUGCAUGCUUUGGGGCAGUAUUCUGCUUCUUUUUCAGGUAGGUGUCCUUUCUGUGAGGAGAUGCGGGCGGUGCAUUUUUAAUAGGUUAUCCUUUUCCACCUCUAAAUGGUGGAUGUGUUCAUAAUAAAACUGUCUGUCUGACGUGUAUUUCUUAUACCUAGGACUCUUUGUGACUAUCAUCAUGUGGAAAGGUCGGAGCCCGAAGAGUAAAUCACAAUGA